AAAAAAUAAAAAUAAAAACAAAAACAAAAAAACUAAACACAAAACAAAACUAAAAAGAAAUGAACACAAAAUUAUUAUCUUCAAUAUUAUUAUUAGCUUUAAUUACCUAAUCUGUAGUCGCAAUAACUUCUUUACCUAAUCAAUCAAAAUUAAACAAGGAAAAAUCUUCAUAAGUUCUUUAAAAAUCCUCCCUUGGACGUGCUUUAAUAAAUAUGAUAGCAUUAGGAACUUCUGUAAAAUAUGAAUAUUCUGAUUUAUUCAAUGCAUUAGAAGAACUCAGAAGUGCUUUAGUAGAAGCUAAAGAAUUAGAAGAUGAAAGUUUUAUAAAAGACGAAACUGAUUAUCUUUUAAAUAUUUAAAACUUCGAAAGCUUAAUUAAUACAUUGAAAAAUUAAAUUAAAAAUACUUAAGAAUAAUUAGAAUAAUUAAAUUAAGAAUUAGAUACUGAAUAUUCUAAUCUUUAGGAAUAAUAAAACUUACUUAAAUCCACAAAAGAAGCAAUUGAUUUACUUUCAUAAUAAUUAAAUGCUUUAAACGAAAAAUUCUUAAAGGAAAAUAAUGAUUUUUCUGAUGCUAUUGAUGCUCUUUCUGCCGCUUUAAUAAAAUUAGAAUAGGCUUAAUAACAUUAUGAAAAUGCUUAAUUAGAAAGCUUUGCUUAAGUAAGUUCAUAAUUUACUGCUUUUGCUUAAAAAUUAACUAAAUCAGUGGCUGGAUUAAGAAAAGAUCACCUUUUGAUGGUAAAACCUGCUAUUUUAGUUAUGUCUUAAUUAAAUGCUUAAAGUGAAUAAAGUUCAAUUUAAAGAGCUAUAAAUGCAGUUAGAGAGAUCAGAGAUUAUUUAGUUAAUCAAUAAGUUUAACUAAGAUCUAAUUUUGAAAGAUAAUAAGAAGAAUUAGAAAAUUAAAAAAAAGCUAAAUAAGAAAUUGCAGAAAGUCUUUAAAAUACAGUUAUUCCUGGAACUUAAAAUAGAAUAAAAGGACUUGAAGCUAAUAUUGUUGUUGUUAAUGAAUUACUUGAUAGUUUAAAUUAAGAUUUAAGUACUAAUGAAUAGAAUUUAGAAAACGAAAAAAAAAAAUUAUCAGCUAGAGUUGAUAGACAUAAAGAACUUAUUUCUAAAUACAAUGAAGAAAUUUAAAUUGUAUUAUAAGCUAUUAGAGUUUUAAGAGAUGCAUAUGAUGCAAAUAAAAGCAAUUGAAUUAUUUUGAUUUAUAAAAA